AUGUUAAAGAUGAGCGAAAAUUGCGACAAUGGGUUUUCAAUUUUUUCAGGGAUGUUUUCCUUGAUCUUUAAAUCACGUGAAGGAGUACCAAGUCUAAGACUACCAGAAAUACAAUUCUUCGAUGCCAAGGAAAGAAAAUCAAAGGAAAAAGACAAUGAUUUUUUCAACUGCGACUCGAAAAGACCUAAAAAAAUGAAGAUUACUGCUUGCCCUCAUGUAAAUAAACGUCAUUACGCCAGGAAUAUGUGUAGCACCUGCUACCAUAGAUCUGGAAGACAAAAGCAAGCUUGAGCAUGUCAGCACAAAGAUCGUCGGCUGUAUGCCAAGGGAGUUUGUAAAACUUGUUACUUGAGGAAUUACCAUAAAGCAAAAUUUUCCAAAGUGAAAAAUUAA